AUGCGGAGGUUACUGGAACCGUGUUGGUGGAUUUUGUUCCUGAAAGUCACCAGUUCUGUGCUCCAUUAUGUCGUGUGCUUUCCCGCAUUGACAGAAGGCUAUGUCGGGACCCUGCAUGAGAACAGACACGGCAGCUCAGUGCAGAUCCGCAGGCGCAAGGCUUCUGGCGACCCAUACUGGGCCUACUCUGGUGCCUAUGGCCCUGAGCACUGGAUCACGUCCAGCGUCAGCUGUGGGGGCCGUCACCAGUCACCUAUAGACAUUCUAGACCAGGACGCGCGUGUCGGCGAGGAGUACCAAGACCUGCAACUCGAUGGCUUCGACAACGAGUCCUCUAACAAAACCUGGAUGAAAAACACAGGGAAAACAGUUGCCAUCCUUCUGAAAGACGACUAUUUUGUCAGCGGCGCCGGCCUGCCUGGGAGAUUCAAAGCUGAGAAGGUGGAAUUUCACUGGGGCCACAGCAACGGCUCCGCCGGCUCUGAACACAGCAUCGAUGGCAGGAGGUUUCCUGUCGAGAUGCAGAUUUUCUUCUAUAAUCCAGAUGACUUUGACAGCUUUCAAACUGCAAUUUCUGAAAACAGAAUAAUCGGAGCCAUGGCCAUAUUUUUUCAAGUCAGUCCGAGGGACAAUUCUGCACUGGAUCCUAUUAUCCACGGGUUGAAGGGCGUCGUACAUCAUGAGAAGGAGACUUUUCUGGAUCCUUUUGUCCUCCGAGACCUCCUGCCUGCCUCCCUGGGCAGCUAUUACCGGUACACAGGGUCUCUGACCACCCCGCCAUGUAGCGAAAUCGUGGAGUGGAUCAUCUUUCGGAGGCCUGUCCCCAUCUCCUACCGCCAGCUGGAGGCGUUUUAUUCCAUCUUCACCACGGAGCAGCAAGACCACGUCAAGUCGGUGGAGUAUCUCAGAAACAACUUCCGGCCACAGCAGGAUCUGAAUAACAGGGUGGUGUCGAAGUCAGCCGUCCGUGACGCAUGGGACCAUGACGGGAUGGACUUCUUAGAAAACCCGCUGGGGACAGAAGCCUCUAAAGUGUGCAGCUCGCCGCCCGUCCACAUGAAGGUGCAGCCCCUCAACCAGACGGCGCUGGAGGUAUCCUGGAGCCAGCCCGAGACCAUCUACCACCCGCCCAUCAUGAACUACAUGAUCUCCUACAGCUGGACCAAGAACGAGGACGAGAAGGAGAAGACAUUCAUCAAGGACAGCGACAAAGACCUGAAGGCCACCAUUAGCCACGUCUCACCUGAUAGCCUCUACCUGUUCCGCGUCCAGGCCGUGUGCCGGAAUGACAUGCGCAGUGACUUCAGCCAGACGAUGCUCUUUCAAGCUAAUACCACUCGAAUAUUCCAAGGGACCAGAAUUGUUAAAACAGGAGUGCCCACAGCGUCUCCUGCCUCCUCGGCCGACAUGGCCCCCAUCAGUUCGGGGUCCUCCACCUGGACAUCCUCCGGCAUCCCUUUCUCCUUUGUUUCCAUGGCAACUGGGAUGGGCCCCUCCUCCAGCGGCAGCCAGGCCACAGUGGCUUCGGUGGUGACCAGCACGCUUCUUGCCGGCCUGGGGUUCAGCGGCGGCGGCAUCCCCUCUUUCCCCAGCACGGUGUGGCCCACCCGCCUCCCGAUGGCCGCCUCUGCCAGCAAACAGGCCGGCCGUCCGGUCCUUGCCACAACAGAGGCCUUGGCGUCCCCAGGGCCGGACGGCGGUGACUCGGCACCAACCCAGGACAGUGAGGGUGCUGAGGAGGGGGCGAAGGAUGAGAAGAGGGAGAGCGAGGAUGGGGAGCGGGAGCACGAGGAUGAGGGGGAGAAGGGCGCAGAGAAGAAGGAGAAGAACGGGACCCACACCGCCACCAAGGAGCAGAACCAAACGGAGCCCACCCCCACGCCCUCGGCCCCCAGCAGGACUGCGCAGGAGGGGGGGCAUCAGACUAUAUCUGGGCACUCGCGGAACCAAACCACGGGCCCCACCGACCAGCCGGACGAAGCGCGGGGUGCCGGCCCAGGCCUCGACUCAGACUCAGCCACCUCCACCCAAGUGCCCCCCACGGUCACAGAGGACCAUCACGCCGAGAGCGACCCCAGGAGACCCGGAACACCGUCCAGAAAGCCAGGGUCCCGAGGGGACCGAUUUUCCGAGGAUAGCAGAUUUAUCACUGUUAAUCCAGCAGAAAAGAACACCUCUGGAAUGCUAAGCCGCCCUUCUCCAGGGAGGAUGGAGUGGAUCAUCCCUCUGACUGUGGUAUCAGCCUUGACCUUCGUGUGCCUCAUCCUUCUCAUCGCUGUGCUAGUUUACUGGAGAAGGUGUAACAAAAUAAAGUCCAUGGGCUUUCCCAGACGUUUCCGCGAAGUGCCUUCUUCUGGGGAGAGAGCAGAGAAGGGGAGCAGAAAAUGUUUUCAGACAGCUCAUUUCUAUGUGGAAGAUAGCAAUUCACCUCGGGUGGUCCCCAAUGAAAGUAUUCCUAUUAUUCCUAUUCCGGAUGACAUGGAAGCUGUUCCUGUCAAACAGUUUGUUAAACACAUCGGGGAGCUCUAUUCUGAUAACCAGCACGGAUUCUCCGAGGACUUUGAGGAAGUCCAACGCUGUACAGCUGAUAUGAACAUCACCGCAGAACAUUCCAAUCAUCCAGAUAACAAGCACAAGAACAGAUACAUCAACAUUUUAGCCUAUGAUCACAGUAGGGUGAAGUUAAGACCUUUACCGGGAAAAGACUCUAAGCACAGCGACUACAUUAAUGCAAACUAUGUCGAUGGUUACAACAAAGCAAAAGCCUACAUCGCCACCCAGGGACCUUUAAAGUCUACAUUUGAAGAUUUCUGGAGGAUGAUUUGGGAACAAAACACUGGAAUCAUUAUCAUGAUUACGAACCUUGUGGAAAAAGGAAGACGGAAAUGUGAUCAGUAUUGGCCAACAGAGAAUAGUGAGGAGUAUGGAAACAUCAUUGUCACACUGAAGAGCACAAAAGUACACGCCUGCUAUACUGUUCGUCGGUUUUCAGUCAGAAACACAAAAGUGAAAAAGGGUCAGAAGGGAAACCCCAAGGGCCGUCAGAACGAAAGGGUAGUGAUCCAGUAUCACUACACCCAGUGGCCUGACAUGGGUGUCCCCGAGUAUGCCCUCCCCGUCCUGACCUUCGUGAGGAGAUCCUCAGCAGCCCGGAUACCAGAAAUGGGGCCUGUGCUGGUGCACUGCAGCGCUGGUGUGGGCAGGACAGGCACCUACAUUGUGAUAGACAGCAUGCUGCAGCAGAUAAAAGACAAAAGCACAGUUAACGUCCUGGGGUUCCUGAAACACAUCAGGACACAGCGUAACUACCUCGUCCAGACGGAGGAGCAGUACAUUUUCAUCCAUGAUGCCUUGUUGGAAGCCAUUCUUGGAAAGGAGACUGAAGUAUCUUCAAAUCAGCUGCAUAGUUAUGUUAACAGCAUCCUCAUACCUGGAGUAGGAGGAAAGACACGGCUGGAAAAACAAUUCAAGCUGGUCACACAAUGUAAUGCAAAGUAUGUGGAAUGCUUUAGUGCUCAGAAAGAGUGUAACAAAGAAAAGAACAGAAACUCUUCCGUCGUGCCAUCUGAGCGUGCUCGAGUGGGGCUUGCACCGUUGCCUGGAAUGAAAGGAACAGAUUACAUUAAUGCUUCCUACAUCAUGGGCUAUUAUAGGAGCAAUGAAUUUAUUAUAACCCAGCAUCCUCUGCCACACACUACGAAAGAUUUCUGGCGAAUGAUUUGGGAUCAUAAUGCACAGAUCAUUGUCAUGCUGCCAGACAACCAGAGCCUGGCAGAAGAUGAGUUUGUAUACUGGCCAAGUCGAGAAGAAUCCAUGAACUGUGAGGCCUUUACUGUCACCCUUAUCAGCAAAGACAGACUGUGCCUCUCUAAUGAAGAACAAAUUAUCAUCCAUGACUUCAUCCUUGAAGCUACACAGGAUGACUACGUCCUAGAGGUUCGGCACUUCCAGUGUCCCAAGUGGCCUAACCCAGAUGCCCCCAUAAGCAGUACCUUUGAACUUAUCAACGUCAUCAAAGAAGAAGCCUUGACAAGGGAUGGCCCCACCAUUGUUCAUGAUGAGUAUGGAGCAGUGUCAGCAGGAAUGCUGUGUGCCCUUACCACCCUGUCCCAGCAGUUGGAGAAUGAAAAUGCUGUGGAUGUUUUCCAGGUUGCAAAAAUGAUCAAUCUCAUGAGGCCUGGAGUAUUCACAGACAUUGAACAAUACCAGUUUGUCUAUAAAGCAAUGCUCAGCUUGGUCAGCACUAAACAAAGUGGAACGGGUCCCAUGACAGUGGAUAAAAAUGGUGCCGUUCUGAUUGCAGAUGAAUCGGACCCUGCCGAGAGCAUGGAAUCGCUAGUGUGACUGGGAUCCUGAAAGGGCACCUAAUUUGUAAAACUUCUGAAGACUGAGAACUUUUUUGAGGCCUUUUUUGCCAGACUCUAGGUUAUACAAUAACAGUUACUUUUUUACACUGAUAAAAGUUUUGAUAUUUAUUUUUUGCCAUUUUAUGUCUUAAUGGUAUCCUACUGAGCAUUCACCCCUCUGUUCAUUGCACACAGUGAAACACAGAUUUACCUAGUUUCCACUAUAUGAUCAGUGUUACUGCCUAGAAUCCAAUACUAAAGCAAACCUGAUGUGACAUUCCAUGACCACAUACACGCUACUUUUUUAGUUCAGUACAGUGAAGGUCUUUGUUACGACAGUGAAUCUUAAUUUCAUUGUUAUUAUUCUUGCUAAAGCAGCUGCAUUCUACUAGCAGGCAAGGCUGUUCUUUUCCUCAGUCUUCCUCUCCUGUUUUCUGGGGCACUGCUAAAGACUGUAUGCCUUCCGUGUUCCCAUGGAGUGGAUGAGCAUUGUUUUCAUUUACAGAAGAGCAGGCUAUGGGAGCUAGUAAAAGGUCUGUCAGCCUCCUGGCCUUGAAAGAGUUCCACUGACAAUGGUGAAGACAUCCAUUAAAAAAUCAGAAGGCACGAGAGUUGUUUCAUGUCAACAUCACUUAUUAGUUCCAAGGUUAUAUUCACAGCUACAAAUAAAUGGCCAAUUGUGUCAAAAUAAAGGAUAACUCUGUAUGACAGUUUUCACAGUAGCUACGUGAACAGUGUGUGUUAUUUCUAUGUUGACUCUCUCAAAUAGCUACACCUGAAAAUCAGGGCUAUUACAACAGAGAGAUGGCAAUACUUUACACAACUCAGUAAUGAAACUCUUUAGUUAUUCUCCAUUAAUGCUUCUUGGUUUAUAAUACCAUACCUCACGGUUCGGUGGAGGAGUAAAAAUUUUGCAGGUGUGUGAUUUUGAAACUAGUCCUCUAAAAAAAAAUCCCUAUUACUCGUAUAGCAAUCUAAUAAAAACUACCUAUAUAGUUACCAUUCUUCCCUUUUAUGCCAAAUGUUUCAUGAUAAACCUUUUCGUUACUUACACUCUUGUACUUUAAGAUUACAUUGAAAAUACUGCAUUAGCAAAAAUCUUGGUUCUAUCUAAACUCCUACACACGUGUGAACAUAUCUGCUUGGGGAAAGAAUACUGACUGAAAGGUGAUAUCUACAUUUUCUAGUAGUUUUUAAAAGAGAGAGACUGCUUUGUACACGUUCGUGUAGCUUAGCCUCCGGAACAGAAACACUUCAGUACGAGAGGCCGAUAAUCAUCACACAGGACCCCGGGAAGUUAGCUGGUCCAGCCUGUGGCGCCAUUGUAACCCUGCAGUGUCCAACGGCAUUAGAAGCAUUAAUAAGACAUUUCAGUCCAGUUUGUUAGAAGAAGAAGCUACUUCCAGAGGUCUGUUUCUUUCGAUUUCUUUUGAGGGACAGCUUCUGUCAGAAGUGAAAUCAUCACCUGAAGAACUGGACCUAUUAAGUACAGGACCCUGUUUACUUUUUAUGUGAAUAAACUUCAACAAAUAGGCUGCGCUGGCUACUAUCAUGCUAUUUGAGUAGGCAUUAGAACACUAAUGAUCAUCCACACUGAGGUUCUGUUUAUCUUGAAGUUUGCCGGAGUGGGGCUGGAGGACCAAAGCUGCGAAGGAGAGAGAGGCUACAGGCCAUGUCCAAGGGUUCCAAUACACAGGACAGGUCAAUAGAGUUUCCAGAAUCUACAUAACUUGCCAAGGUUAAUCUCAUCUGUUCACCACAGAUGCAACAACACAGAAUAGUCUCACUGCUUUUCAAGAACUGUGUAGACUAAGCUUCAGAUAAAACGUUAAAAUGAACAAUGUUGGCUAAAUUGUAUGACCUUGAGUACACAGACAGCCUUACAGCCCCUCUGCUCACAAACACAUGGGGUCGCCGUGAGUCGGAGUUGACUCAACAGCAACUGGUUUGGUUUGGGUUUUUUUGGCUCCCGUCAGAGGCAACACAAGGAAGGUCCAGCUAGCCCUUAAGAAAAGCAUGAACAUAGCAACACUGCAGCUCCCAGAAGGCUGAAGGUAAUCACAGAGGGAGAGGUAUCCGAUCACAGCACGAGCUAGGUUUUUUUAGUCACUGAGUGGGUUGUACAGUAUUGAUAUAAGCUAAUUCAUUUCAGUAGAUGGCACAGUGGGCUUGACUUUUGGAAAUAAUUUUCAAGUUGGGGUUCAUGGUCCUGUCAGUAAUUUUUUGUUAAUAAAAGUAAACAUUGACUAUAAGACACAUAGCAAGUAUUUCCUUCUGUAUAUAGAUGGUUCCAUUCAUGGAAAUGUAUACUGUCCAAUACAAUUCUGUGACUGUCUUGCAGGGUAUCAGAAUCAUGAUAAAAGAAAAAAUCAGCUAGUAAAUAGGGUAGAGGCAUUAUAAGAACGGUUUAGAAGUUUUCUGUGAGCAAUUAUGUAUCUACAGCAGGCUUGAACCAAAGUCUACAGAUCCUGACCCACUCAACCAUGAGCAAUUGCUACUGCCCAUUUUGCCAAGGUGGUCCAAACACACUACGCGGAGGAUAGUUCCGCUGAGCAGUUCCUCACAUUCAUCAGAGUGUAUCCUCACUAUUACUCUCCAUUGUUAAUGGCAAACACGUGCUUGCAUCUCUCCAGAGGCAGAGUUUCAAAGACGGUGUUUUCUUUGAGACGUAAGCACAUUGCUCAACUACAUAACAAGGUUAUUACCACUUGCGCUCAAGGGGAAAGGAAAUAGCUGUUGCAAAUCAAUGUGUGCUAGUUUAUUGAAAGGUUUUUUGCAUGUAUGAGUUUCGCUCUAAGUAAAAGAAUGCACACAUUAUACAAAAUUGACCUGCAAUGUUCAGACCAACUGGCUGUGCUGGACCUCGGAGAAAAGACACCUUAUUGCCAUGAGGACAACUUUUUCAUGUAUUUGAAAGCCAUGGCUUCUUUUUUAAUGUUAAAAAAAAAAAAAAAAGCUAAUUUUUGAAUU